AUGCCCGUUGACGCGAGUUGUCGGACGGUGCUCGACGCGCCGCUGCCCAAGAUUGAGAGCCCGUCCAAAGAGAUGACGCGGGCGUUCUAUGACGACUUGGAGAGGGAGGAUGCGACCAGCGCAGCUCAGGAAGACGACGAUCGGACGACUUAUGACAAUGACAAUGACGACGACAAUGACGACGACGAUGACGAUGACGAUACGCUCGCGUUGCCCCCUGAGAUUCAAUCCCUGCUCGAGUUGGUCGACGUCUUUCGACCGGAUGUGAUCGACUUGCCUCUGUACCUCGAGCCCUUUGUGCCUGCGUACUUGCCGAGCAUUGGGUUUCCCUUCGACACGACGAGUCUGCUUCGACCGGACGUACUCCUUCUCGACCCAUCGCCGAUCGAGCUCGGUGUGCAUCUUCUCGCCGAGCCCAGUGCGACGCAGUCCAACCCCGCUGAGCUCCAGCUCCUGCUGCAAGCCGACGCCAAGACCUCAUUGGGCGACUCCCGCCGCGCGAUCGAGAUGCCGGUGCAUGCGAUCGAGGACGCCCAUUUGGUACCCGAGCGCAUUUCGGCAUGGAUCGCAAGCGUCGCCGUCGUGCACACGUCGCAGCCACCGCCGCACGUCGUCUACACCAAGCCGAUGCCAUCAAUCGACACGCUGCUUGAGCUCUGGCCGCCCCAAGUCGAGCCCUAUUUGACCAACUUUUCCACGGCCGAGCUGCACGUGUCGCUCGAAGACCGGAUCCGCGUCAUCUGCGGGCUCCUCGACAUUCCAGUCUACCCGGGCCAGCUCAAGCAGAGCUUGCAUGUCCUCUUCGUGCUCUACCAAGAGUGCAUGGCGAUCGCAGCCCACGUCGUAGCGUGCUAG